AUCAGCCUCCUUAUAAUCCCUCCUCUUUUUCACUGCCCUAACCUCUCUCGCUACCGUCCACACGCGCCGCCGCCACCGCUUACCCGGCGGCAAAUAUCACCGUACCCUUCUUCACCUUCCCUCUCCUCGCCCCACAUAUCAAAAAACAUCAAAAAAACUAAAACAAAAAGUUUAUCUCUCUGAGUUAUUUUAUCAAACACUUGGUGUGCGUUAUUUUUUAUCAGUCAUUUCUUUAGGGUUUGGUUUGAUUUUUUUUGGGUUUUAUCUCUUAUUAAUAAAAAGAGGAGAGGGAAGAGAAAUUGAAAAAAAAAUCAAAUAUUUUUGAAAAAGAAUCAAAAAAAAAUGGCGCAAGUUCAGGUCCCGGUUCAGACCCAGAAUGCUAACGGCGGUGCUAACCCACAAUUCGUGACGACGUCGCUUUAUGUCGGGGAUCUGGAGCCGAACGUGACCGAUUCUCACUUGUAUGAUCUUUUUAAUCAAGUUGGGCAAGUCGUUUCGGUUAGGGUUUGUCGGGAUUUGACUACUCGGCGUUCACUUGGCUAUGGUUAUGUUAAUUAUAGCAAUCCUCAAGAUGCUUUGAGAGCAUUGGAUGUGCUGAAUUUUACUCCUCUUAAUGGAUGCCCCAUUAGAAUUAUGUACUCUCAUCGUGACCCAAGUGUCCGCAAAAGUGGAUCUGGAAACAUAUUCAUUAAGAAUUUAGAUAAGGGGAUUGAUCACAAAGCAUUACACGACACUUUCUCGGCAUUUGGAAACGUACUCUCUUGCAAGGUUGCUACUGAUAACUUUGGCCAGUCAAAGGGAUAUGGUUUCGUACAGUUUGAUAAUGAGGAAUCUGCGCAGAGGGCUAUAGAGAAAUUGAAUGGAAUGCUGUUGAAUGAUAAGCAAGUGUAUGUGGGACCCUUCCUUCGCAAGCAGGAGAGAGAGAGUGCCAUUGACAAGACAAGGUUUAACAAUGUCUUUGUCAAGAACUUAUCAGAAACAACUACUGAUGAAGACUUGAAGAAAGUUUUUGGUGAAUUUGGAACAAUGACCAGUGCUGUGGUGAUGAGGGAUGGGGAUGGAAAAUCCAAGUGCUUUGGAUUUGUCAAUUUUGAGAAUGCAGAUGAUGCUGCUAGAGCUGUUGAUGCUCUAAAUGGAAAGAAAAUAGAAGAUAAGGAGUGGUUUGUUGGAAAAGCCCAAAAGAGAUCUGAAAGGGAAACUGAAUUAAAAGUUCGAUUUGAACAGAGUAUGAAAGAGGCGGCUGACAAGUUUCAAGGGGCCAAUUUGUAUAUUAAAAAUUUAGAUGAUAGCAUAAGUGAUGAUAGGCUUAAAGAGCUUUUCUCUUCAUUUGGUACAAUCACAUCAUGCAAGGUGAUGCGAGAUCCUAAUGGAAUAAGCAGAGGUUCAGGUUUUGUUGCAUUCUCCACUCCUGAAGAGGCAUCUAAAGCUCUGAUGGAGAUGAAUGGCAAAAUGAUUGUUAGCAAACCCCUGUACGUUGCACUUGCACAACGAAAGGAAGACAGAAGAGCUAGGUUGCAGGCUCAGUUUUCUCAGGUAAGGCCAGUAGCUAUGGCACCAUCAGUUGCUCCUCGUAUGCCAAUGUACCCUCCUGGUGGUCCGGGACUUGGACAACAGAUAUUUUAUGGACAAGCUCCACCUGCUAUCAUUCCAUCCCAGCCUGGAUUUGGAUAUCAACAGCAGCUUGUACCAGGUAUGAGGCCUGGUGGGGCUCCUAUGCCAAAUUUCUUUGUGCCAAUGGUUCAACAGGGGCAGCAGGGCCAGCGUCCUGGUGGUCGACGAGCAGGAGCUGGUCAGCAAUCCCAGCAGCCUGUACCUAUGAUGCAGCAACAGAUGGUUCCAAGGGGCCGUGUUUAUCGCUACCCACCUGGGCGCGGCAUGCAUGAUGUUCCUAUGCCUGGUGUUGCUGGAGGCAUGCUCUCUGUUCCAUAUGACAUGGGUGGUAUGCCAAUGCGUGAUGCACCUCUUUCUCAGCCAAUUCCAAUUGGGGCUAUGGCUAGUGCGCUUGCAAAUGCUUCUCCAGAGCAGCAGAGAACUAUGCUGGGUGAGAAUCUCUACCCUCUAGUGGAGCAGCUUGAGCCAGAUGCAGCAGCUAAGGUGACAGGUAUGCUUCUCGAAAUGGACCAAACUGAGGUUUUGCACUUGCUCGAAUCUCCAGAGUCUCUCAAAGCAAAGGUUGCCGAGGCAAUGGAAGUUCUUCGAAGCGUGCAACAGCAACAGGCUGGUGGUGCAGCUGAUCAACUUGCUUCAUUGUCAUUGAAUGAUAAUCUCAUCGUCUCCUAGGCUGUCGUCGCAUGGUGAAUGCAGGAUGUAAAAACCAUUUGAACUAUGCUUUGUUACGUGCUAGACUAAUUUUUCGUAGUAGCGUAGGAACUGGGGUUCUCAACCUUUUUCAUUUUUUUUGCUCGAGAUUUCUGGGAGUUGUUUUGAUUAUCGAGAGAUUUGUGGUGUACUUUUGAAUAUGCCAGUGAUGUGCACUUCUGUUGCUCUUUGUUUUGCUUUGAAUGCACCAUUGUCUUGUUUGCCUUCUACAA